ACUGCGACCAUCGUAAUCACAGAGAGCACCUCUUCCUCCCUCUGUAGCCCACACCCCCUGUUCCUGCUAAAUAGCUCCCGUUUCGAGUCCGUUAGCUUUUGAUCUCGCUGAUCGAGCCAUGACGAAGCACGCCGCCUUCGCCGCCGAGGACGCGAUCACGGCCCUUGCGGCGCCGGCGCCGGCGGGGCGGCAUUUCUCAUCGUUCCCGCCGCCGAAGGGUGCCCGCGACUGCAAGAAGCACGGCGCCGUGCACAUGGACCUCGCCGCCGCCGGGGUCGUCAGGAACGGCUCCUGGAUCGAGUCCAUGAAGUCCUCCUCGCCGCGCCGCGCCGCUGACGCGGAGCAUGGCGACUGGAUAGAGAAGCACCCGUCGGCAUUGAUGUGGUUGGAGUCGGCGGUCGCCGCGGCCAAGGGGAAGCAGAUCGUGAUGUUCCUGGACUACGACGGCACCCUGUCGCCGAUCGUCGAGGACCCCGACCGCGCCGUCAUGUCCGAGGAGAUGCGAGAUGCGGUGAGAGGCGUUGCCGAACUCUUCCCCACCGCGAUUGUGAGCGGAAGAUGCAGAGACAAGGUGUUCAACUUUGUGAAACUGAACGACCUGUACUACGCCGGAAGCCACGGCAUGGACAUCAAAGGCCCCGCCACGCAGUCCAAUUCCAAGCACGUCGAGGCAAAUGCCGAAGCAGUUCGUUACCAAGCGGGGAGUGAGUACCUGCCGGUCAUCGAGGAGGUGUACCGCACGCUGAGGGCCAAGAUGGAGUCGAUCCCCGGCGCCAAGGUGGAGCACAACAAGUACUGCCUCUCCGUCCAUUUCCGCUGCGUCCAGGAGGAGGAAUGGAAUGCCGUGGGCGAGGAAGUAAGGUCAGUGCUGAAGGAGUACCCGAAACUCGAGCUCACUCAUGGCAGAAUGGUCCUGGAGAUUCGUCCGUCCAUCAAGUGGGACAAGGGCAAGGCCCUCGAGUACCUGCUCAAGUCUCUUGGCUACGCGGGGCGUAAUGACGUCUUCCCGAUAUACAUUGGAGAUGAUCGCACUGACGAGGACGCCUUCAAGGUGCUGCGUAACAUGGGGCAGGGAAUCGGAAUCCUGGUCUCGAAGUUUCCAAAGGAGACGGCUGCAUCCUACUCACUUCGUGAGCCUGCCGAGGUCAAGGAGUUCCUUCGCAAGCUGGUGAAGUCCAAGUGCGACACGCCAAAGAUCUAGUGCCUGCAUGCAGUGACUCGAUCGGCAUGGAUGGCGAGCAACAAGAUCGAGACUCUUUUGCUGCUUCCUUUUGUUCUAUAAGAAGUUUAGAACUAUGCAUGCCAUGGUCUAUAUGACCGUGCAAGAAACCUAGCUAGGCCUUGUCUUUGAAGGUCCCUAUUACUAUAUCCUUCUGCCAAGGUCUUGUAAUUAGCCUUUGCUGUGACAGAAAUGGCGAGGAUAAGAAUAGAAGAAACCUGCUAGCUCCUU